AACGUUUUUAAAAUGUUUCGUUUUGUUGCUUUAUUUGCGCUGGUGAGCUGUGCUUACGCAGGUGUUCUACCCGAUGGUCGUAUCGUUGGUGGUGUUGAUACUACCAUUGAAAAAUAUCCCUAUCAAGUCUCCAUCCAAUCAUCUAAAGGUAGCCAUUUCUGUGGUGGUUCCAUUGUUAAGGAGGACAUUAUAGUUACAGCUGCACACUGCAUGGUUUCACAAACAGCUGCCAAAACUCAGGUUCGUGUCGGUUCCACAAGAUAUGAUGAAGGUGGUGAAGUUAUUGAUGUAGAAGAUAUCAAAGUUCAUCCAGGUUACAAUUCCAAAACUAUGAUUAAUGAUGUCGCCAUUAUGAAAUUGAAACGUGGUGUCAAAGAAUCAUCUACCGUCCGUUAUGUCAAAUUAGCUACAGAUACACCAAAGACCGGAACACGAGCUGUUGUAACAGGCUGGGGUGUUACAUGCUAUUUAACUUGCGUUAGUACACCAAAAAUUUUGAAAGAAGUUGAAGUUGAUAUUGUUGAUAAAAAGGAUUGCGAAAGCAAGGAGUACAAGUACGGUUCUGAAAUUAAAGACACUAUGGUAUGUGCAUAUGAGGUUAAAAAAGAUGCCUGCCAAGGUGAUUCCGGUGGUCCAUUAGUUGCUGACGAUGAAUUGGUUGGUAUUGUCUCAUGGGGCUAUGGUUGUGCACGCGAGGGCUAUCCUGGUGUCUACGCUGAUGUACCUUCUCUACAUGCUUGGAUAGAGGAUGCUAUUAAAUCUAUCUAAAUAUUCAAGUAAUUUUCGAAAACAAUUUGUGCAUAUUUUGAAAUAUACCAAAUGCGAUAUUAAUUUGA